GCUCAUAGAGCAUUUAGAAAUAAUUUUUCUCUGUAGAAAACAAUCUGACUUUACCAUCAACGUCACCAGGCUGAUUUUAUGCUGUCGGACCCCCCCUUCACUUUUUAAGUUUAUUCAUCGUUUUGAACCAAACACCGGUAAGUAUAAUUUGACCCCGAAAUAUCGCAUUCACUUUGAAAAGAACGCACUUAGGAAGCCUUUCCCCUGCGGUCUCCCAUUUGAAAUUUCAAGUUUUCGAAAACACCAGCAAAAUGGCAGCUUCAAAAAUUCAUAAAGAAAAACCCCUCUCUGCUGCAGCCAACAUGUGCGCCACCAGAAGUACUAGAACCAUGUUCCUGACCUCUUGUAGUCUCCUAUCCCUCGCCCAGCAGCAUGGCGGAUUUUUUUACCAGUUCGCCGACGCCUACACGACCAUGGUGAACGGUAACAAGAAUAAUCGCCACACGCACAUCAUUCAGCCGAAGAACAACCGGAAGAAAAAAGUGCACAACAAAAGAUCGAAAUCGAGUCACAGAGCAUCAGGGCAAGAUGAAGUAGACGGCGUUAGUACGAAAAUCAAAAUAAAGGUGGAGGAUGAAGACGGUAAUCUUUUCCCAGCAGGAGCUUUGUCGGCGCAGGACCUUCUGCUCCGGGAAAGAACGGAAAGAGGUGAAGCUGCACAAGAAGAAGAUCUUGCCGCUUCUGGAGAAUUCUUGGAGAGCAGGAACCAAGCCGCUCCCACUGCGCAGCUGGAGCAAAACCAAAAGCUGGAGCGCCAGGAAAGCAUAGUGCAAAAAUUAGAACAACUGAGUCACGACACGGACUUGCAAGUGCAUGAUGGCCAAAAGAGGACCACGAGCAGAAGAAGUACCGCGCAACAAGAAGAAACGGCUCAUAGAAUUCCUGUGGAUGAUCUGCAGCAGGUGGAUGUUGCUGGUGUUGUUGGCGAGGAAAACGAUGAAAAUACGAGACGAAAUCAACCCGGGGACGACGAAAUAUCAAACGAAAAUCACAACAGCAGGAGCAGGAAUUCCAACGAAGAUUCCAGCACAAAAACAUUUUUCCAAGUUUCUGAACUGGAGGGCAAGAAGAAUAAAAAAGUACACCUACACGAUAAGACAAACGGUGGCCCUCCCGCUGCAGUGCCUGAUAACGCAGCCAGAACAAUAACGGCUCCCCCAGGAGACACAAGUCCCUCAUCAACAUCAUCUUCCGGGGACAAUAAUAAAACGGUCUUGUACAUUUUGGGCUGCAUCGCCAUCGCAGUGCUGAUCGCCGCGGCCUUUCUCGUGUACCUGUUUUUUCUAAAACCGGAGAAAGAUUCGUCGGCGAAGGGGGGUGGACCAGACUCUUACAUGACGAAAUUGGACAUGCUGUUGAAGGAGGAAGCGGAGGUGUUUGCGAACUUGGAAAACAUCAAGGGCAUCGCGUUAGACCCGCAGCGGCCGAAUAAACUGCCGAACCCGUUUCCGUUACUGACGGUGCAGGAAACUUCGAAAAUGAUCGACAAGUUUUUAUUCGCGGAACAUCAAAUGAAUACCAACACCAUGAGGCGGAACAGCAUGACAAAAAACACGCAGAUGAACAUGAAUCAAAACACUAAACCGAUUUUCGAGCAGGACUUCUUACCGAUGUUGAGUCCUGUAUGGAUGUGUCAGAAUCGAAAUCGACAAAAUCGAAAAACUUGUGAUGCGUGAAAUGUAGGGCACUGAAGGCCUGUGUUGGGGAGCAGGCAAAUGAGACCGAUUGCAAGCCUGUUUAGGGGUAUGCAACGCGCUGCCAGAGUAGCAUGACGAGAGCAGUCUUCUUUGUCGAAACAGCAUGACAGACUGGAUUUGGGUGCUCCCGAAAUUUGUCAUGCGCCACUUGGAGGCUGAGGCUCCAACUGGUAUCGAUUUUAUGCAUCACAAAUUUUUCGACUUUGUCAAUUUCGAUUCUGACGCUUCCAUAUCCUGCUCAACGUGAAGAGCCCGCCGACGCGUAUGACGAGAUUGAAGAAGAACUGUCCUACGAAGCGUGCGUGGCCUUUCUUUGCGGGGAAGAGUGUUUACUUUCCCCCGGCGGCGCAUUGCGGAUCGCGAAGUUUCUGGAGUUGAGAAGCAAUAGUGGCAAAAAUGCAAACACUGGACGUCGAGAUGGUGGUGCAGUGGGAACAAAUGUUCCUGGGACGGCCACAACGGGAGCAGCCGCAGCACCAGCUGCUCCAGGUGGAGCCAACGAAGAGAUGAACAACGCAGGAGGAGGCACAAAUGCUGUUGUACCUCCUCCACCGGGCACCAGCGAAGGAGGUGGUCCCCCGCAAACUACAAGUAAUAUCAUCAAUCCGGCCAUCAAGCUGUUACCUCGACCUUCCGCGUCUUCUCUCGCAGCACGCCAAAGUCAACAAAGUCAAAUGAGCACAACUCUGUUGAGCACCUUGAGUGGCGGUGAAACCAGUACAUACUACGCAGUUCUGCAACUCGCGAACUGCGAUAUUGAGACGCUGAAGAAGGAUCUAACUAACGGGAAAAGUUCAAGAAUACGAAUUUUAUCAAAAAAAUCAACCCUGGCCCUGGAGCAGUGCCAGAGCCAGGCGCCCGGUUCCAGGUUGCAGGGGAGGAUCGCCGGGUAGUCGGGCAGCACGUGGUAAGCCAGCAGAUAUCGUCGCCCCAGGUGGCGGAGCAUCCCAUCGCCUCCACAGCCGGGCCUUUCCCUGCUAGGACUUCACUCAAGAGACCAAAAAAACAUCACUAGGCACUCGGCGCCUUGCCCUCUCCUCCCGGAAAUAGAAUGCUAAUCUCUACACACUAAACUAGUUACCUUCAUGGAGUCAUUUCUUGUAAACAGUACUAAUAUGAGUAUGCUGAAACUAUUCACAAAAAACAAACUCAGGCGCCGGCUUUGGCAAUCUCCACGCAGGCCUACAGUGGAGACCCAAGAACACGCGGCCCGGCGUGUUUUCUCCCGCCACCAAAUACACCACGGCGGGCACCUGUUGCCUUCGACACAGGCGCCCAAUUGUUGAGUUGUGUUCUAGUUCUGAAAAAUGAUGCUCGGGGACUUGGUUAAAAUCUCAAGAAUACGACCAAGGGGGUCCAGCCAAAGGGGUCCCAAAUCCGGGAUUUGGGGGCCCCCAUGAUUUUGGCCAAAUCGACCGACUCAGGUGCGGUUAAAAUUUCAAGAAUACCAGAAAAGGGCGCCCCUUUUGUGUCCGCGCGAAAAGUGUCCCGGAAAUGGUGUCCGUUUCCGGGGUCUCGGCGUUCGGGCAUUGGGUCCCCCUCCCUGGGUAGGUCAGCUUAUUCAGUAUUUUAUUGCGUCUGGUAUCCCGUCGCGGCACAGGUAAGACCUUCUUCAGGUGGAGCGUCAUGGCAAGUCGUUUCUGAAAGCAGUCCGACUUGAUUUCCUGCGCGACCUUUUAUGUCCGCCUUUUCUUGUUGCGUGUUUUUCAAGAAUGAGAUGAGCAGCAUUUGCAAACAAAACAGCACACAGGUGCACUGAACUUACCUCGAUGAGUCACGUGUUGAUUUUUUUGUCAGUUUUCUUAUUCUUGAACUUUUCCCCUUAGUACGGUCAAACCAGUACGUACUACGCAGUUCUGCAACUCGCGAACUGCGAUAUCGAAACUCUGAAGAAGGACCUCGGGUUCCCGCACGUGACGCAGAUUGCGCAAAGAGUCGCGGUCAACAACAAUAAUAAUACCGUAGGACCUGCAGCUGACGCAGUGAUCCAAUUGAAGGCCCAAUUCGGUUUUCUCUUUUCCGACAAAAACAGUAUAGUCCCCUUCCGGAACAAGCUUCGUGCGUGGGUUUACGUGAACGUGAAACGGAUGGAACAACUAAAAAACCAGAAAUCGUUCGUCUCCCAGCAGCAGCUUUUCCACCAAGAAAUCGAAUCGCUGAAACUAACCCCGGUAGAGGUAGAAAUGGCGAUCUCGAUGGAUUACCUCCACCGGGUUUGCGGGUUUUCGGAGUUCACCGCGGUGAAAUUGGCGGAGUGUUACUUUAAUAAGAACGUGGAUUUUCAAGAUCUUUUACCGUUAUUCGACAAUGGUAGUUACGCACCGGGGGUGAUACCGUCUUCGGUGUCGGAUGAAGAGAAGAGAGUGAUGGACCGCGACUUGAUGAUCUUGAAACUCAUGACGAAUGGGGAGAAAGUUUCUAAUACCAGGAAGAGCAAAGCAGAGUUACUCGGAACGGCUGAGUAUGGAUUGCAAAAGUAUCGUACUCGUAUAAAUGCAUGACAAAUUCCCUCAGCAUGACAAAUGGAAUUUGUAAUGCGGAUUUAGGUUAAGAGGUAAAUUUGUAAUUACUACAAGGGUGAACACGCUCCACUCAGUAUGGGGGAAAAAACAAAAAUCCAGCAGCUCCGUCGUUCUUCUUUAUUUCUUAGCGCAGUAGUACUACUCUUAGGGCCUUGAGCGUCGACCUAAACCUUAGAAAGUCUAAGACCUACUAGCAUGCGGCCUGCAGCUGUUUCACUAUAAAGAAGUCUUCUUUUCUCGCAUCGGAUUGAGUUAGGGUAGCAAUUUCUUUCCUUCCUUUUCUUUCAGAAGUUUCAGCGUGGGUUUGCUUUCAAUUUUGAACUUUCAACAUUUUCGGAACGGGUGCGCGUCACUUUUCUUCUUUGUCAUGUAAAAAGUGCACCCGUCCGCGUCUCUUCUCAGUUGCGUGAUGCCUUGGCAAAAUUGUCACUGAUGCCUCCCCGGUGUGAUCGUCGCCGUGCUUGCUUUGCCGCUCUGCCCCUUCGCUUCUGCUUCACGGCUUUUGUCUUGCUGGUGGGCUACUGUGGGUGUGGUACGUAGCCCGACACCCGCCGGAUAUGUGCCCCGGCGUCUCCUAAAAUGCUCCCAACUACUUCUGCCCCUUAUCUCAAUCCGCUAGCAGUGCCAUGAUUUUGAGCGCCCCCAUUCCUAUUAGCGGCUCGACUUAUAAAGCAACUUUAUUACUCCGUAGGGUCUCCCUAGGGCUCAUCACUAUGAACGCUACGGAUAUCUACUUAUGCGCAUACAAUCUACAGGACGGAGCGAGAGGCUACGACGUGCCAUAUAGUCAUAGUGCGUAAUUGUAAUUACUACAAGGGUGAACGCGCUCCACUCAGUAUGGGGGAAAAAACUAAAAUCCAGCAGCUCCGUCGUUCUUCUUUAUUUCUUAGCGCAGUAGUACUACUCUUAGGGCCUUGAGCGUCGACCUAAACCUUAGAAAGUCUAAGACCUACUAGCAUGCGGCCUGCAGCUGUUUCACUAUAAAGAAGUCUUCUUUUCUCGCAUCGGAUUGAGUUAGGGUAGCAAUUUCUUUCCUUCCUUUUCUUUCAGAAGUUUCAGCGUGGGUUUGCUUUCAAUUUUGAACUUUCAACAUUUUCGGAACGGGUGCGCAUCACUUUUCUUCUUUGUAAUGCGAAUGCAUGACUGCGAUUACUACGAGUACGAUACUUUUGCAGUGCAUACUGGGCCGCGGAGCUCGGAGAGCGACACGCCUCUCCAACUCGCAUUAGCUGCGGGGGAAAUUACCGGGAUGAUCGAGAAACUGCUCACCACGAACGCUUCGCAGCAGUUUGGCUUCUUCAAGGAGAAGAUCAAGAACAAGCAACUCGCGAUUUUUCUCCAAACGGCAGCGUUGAAGUUCAUCGGAACUUUCUCACCCGCGUUUUCGAAACUACCAAAUGUAAAAAUGUCUGGGUCUGGGAACUUGUGAUGCUGGGUAGCGUCUCAUGAUGAGGCUACAAAUGCUGGCUCAGCAUGACAAGUUUCUGAGCUCCUAUGUGUUGCCUAUUCUGCAUGACAAACUGCGCUUCUGCAUCACAGAAAAACGCAGCUCUUGGGCAACGUGCAUGACAGAUUUAAGAGUCAUGCCAGACAAGCAUGACAAACAUGAAUUCUUCCAGACCCAGACAUUUUUACAGUUGAUACAAACGAAUCGCGCACCAAAUGGCUUCCUCCGUCGCGCCCACGGAUGAGUCGACCUCCACCGUGUCGAAAUCGGAUUACGAAGCGAUGAAAUUUUGGAACGUGUUGAAUGAGCAAACGGACCCGAAGUUGUUCGGGCAGGGGGAGAGGCAGAGGGUGUUUCAUUUAAGGAAGUUGGUGUUGGAGAGAAUUUUCUUGAUAAAACCACCUUCCGGCUCUCUCCCGGUGUCGCAUAAAGCAUUUAGUGCGGAGAUGGAGAAUUUGGAUAAGAAGCUCCAGUUCCGCGCUUUAACCACGCAGCACUUGAUGCGGAUCAUGGCAUCGUCCGGCACCGGGCCGGCGGAGGUUUACGAAAUGAAGAUGAAGUACGCAGCGACGAGCGAGAUGCUGCAGAGGAUGUUGGUCGAGGAAAUGAGUUUUAGUCCUGCUUUUGCGAAAAGCGUGGCGAAACGGAAUUCUGCCAUGGUAAAGGCGAUGAAAGGAAGUAACAAGUCCGGAGGUCGCGACACCAGCAGUCUCAAUCUCGGGAUACGUAGCAACACUUUAUUGCAGAUCGAAAAUAGCUCCGACUUGAAGCAAUUACGCGAAAUGGGGUUCUUCAUGCACACAAGCGGAGCUGCGCCGACCAGGGAUAGUAUUAGCAGAAAGUCGGAUAUGACCCACAUAUCUUCGGCUUCUCGUGCCGCGUCUGAUCAUGUAAAGCAAGCUUCUACCAUGAGUAGGACAACGUCACCAGCCGCGCUCUCAUCUCCCACCGCCAUCGUGCAAACCGCGCCGGGAGUCAAAGUGAGCGUGACGGGUCAAGAACCGUUACAACAGCAGCAAAAUCAAAAUCUUCUCCCGGAUACAACAACCUCCGACGCGGAUACGGAGCAAAGUGGAGUUUCCUCGAGCUACAAUCCGAAGGAAGGCCCUUCCUCCAGCAAAUUCCCACAGAACUACACAAGUUCUGCUAUGCAGCUGCAGAAGAAAGGAACCUUAAGCGGUGAAAAACUUAGUCUCGCACGAGACCUGGUGGCGGCGGCUAGUACCGUGGUCGUGGGUGAUAAUUCUUCUGCAACUGGCGGAGUCGCCGGGGCGGGUGCAUCUUCAGCACAGAAUGCUGCAGGAGGAGUUGCGUCCUCGCAGCAACAGCAAGGUGCUGGCACUCGGAAAACUGGCGCUUCCAACGAAACGGAUGACCAAGUGAUCGUGAUUAACCCAGGUGGCCCGAACUCCAGCAUGAGCAGCUUUCUCGAGGUCGACUUCCCCUUAGCAGCAGCACAACCACACGCUGAAGGCGAGGUGAUUGAGUAUGAGCACAACAUCGUGCGGAGCAGCAGUGGCGAUGCGCCCGCUGAGCUUCACGUGAUGGACUUGGGCGCGUUCCAGACCCUCGCGGCCAAUGGACCGCACAACAUGCGUUACCCUACCAGUCACUAUGCUACCAGCCACAUGACAAGUCAAACUGAUAGCAGUACUGAGAAGCACAGUAGCAGAAGGAUCAGUUCCUCGCGCAGAAGCGAUGUGAGUCAUGAAGAGGUUCUGUUGAAAGGAGGAAAGUACACGUAUGGUCCAUCAAACGAAACACACGAGGGUGAGGUGUUGAACCAAUUGAACUCCGAAGGCGAGAUUGAGAAUUUUCCCGAGGGGGAAAUUGGUACUGUUGAGGGGGAACUCGGGCACCACAACCGGGCGAAGGAGUUACUGCAGCGCGCGCAGCAACACGCGGGUGGGCAGAAGACGUUGCAAGAGUUGAGGAAGAAAAGGGACAACAACCCGAAGAAUCUUCUCUCAUCUCCAGCCGCAAAUUAUUCCUCCAACGCCUCUGCGGUUUCGAGUAACAGCAAUAUCUCCACCGAUCACGAUAAGCACGAGAACGAAACGGAAACGGAAAAACAAUUCCGGGAGAAUGCCGAGUUCGAUUUCUGGCUCUGGAAUCGGGUGUUUGUCCAGGUUUACCGCAUGUUUGACGUGAAUCGGAACACGAUUAUGCAAAUCCCCACCGGCCCGCUCGGCCCGACAGAUGCGUCCGCGUGGCCGCCGAUCGAGCACUAUGAAAUGCAAAAGCAUCGUACUAGUAUAAUUUUAAUUCGCAUGAUGACAAAUUCCCUCAGCAAGAAGAAUGGAGUUUGUAAUGCGGAUUCAGAUUAAGAGGGAAGUUUGUAAUGCAUGACUGCGAGUACCAUUACUGCAAGUGCAAGUGCGAUACUUUUGCGCAGGAUAAGCACGGGGCGGACCCGACGCGGGAUGCGGGGUACCGGUUUACUCGGGAUUCGGGUUUAAGCCGCGCGACGGCGACGCCGUCGGUGGCUCUUGUGGAUAAAGAACGAAGAAGCUUGGAGAGCGGAUUGAGCGCGGUGACUUCGAUUACGUUAAAUCCGAAUAUCCCGAAGUCGGGGCAGAUUUUCGAUUUGCCACCCCCAGUCGUCGCCGAUCACACAGAUUUCUCGCGGAAAACCAAUAUGACGCAAGAUUCAACAUCAAGAAGAACUACAUCCGAUGCUGGUGGAAUCCGGGUGGUAAGCGUAAGCAUGAACAAUGCAGGUGAAAGCAACAACAGCGGGGGCCCAGGUGGAGCUACUAGCGCAGCAUCUUCUACAUCAAAAAUAAGGCCCUCGAACCAGACGACUUUACCCCCACAACCACAAGCUCCUGCAGAAAGGGCCAUUUACACGGAAAGCUUGCUGACGGGUGACAUCACAAACAGUGAGAAGCUCUCUUUCGACGUGAAGCCAUCGCAGUUUGUCAGCGGUGGGACGAAACAGAAAUCCGUGGCUAUCGGCGGGGAGUCUGUCAUUAACAAAACUUCUACUAGUACGCAGGACAACGACAACAAGAAUUCGAAUUCCACUGUCGUGACAUCGACCUCUAGAAGUACCGACACGACAUCCUCGUCUCGGAGCCAAAUUCUGAUGGGCCAAACGCCGACGGCAAUGCACGUGAACACCCCGUAUGCAACGAACGCAGUGCCAAGGACCACUGCGGGAACGAAUUCAUCAACAACUACUACUCCAUUUGCGACACAGAACGCCGCAGCCGGAACAAGUGUAGUACCAGCGGGGUCUUCAAGUGGUCCUACCACAGGGACGACGAGAAACACAAAUCCAGCAAGCUCCUCCACGUAUAACGGCAACAAUUAUGCAUCGAUGGCACCUCCAACGGACAGAACGUCGGGUAGCUUUUUGCCUCCGGGGGCCGGACAGACGAUGCUAGGUUCUUUGCCGGAGCAGGUCGCAGUGGUUGCCGCAGCUCCUGCUGUGUCGACUACAACAGCUUCGGCUACUACCAGGAGGACAAGCAACGAGAGCACCCGAAGUACGAAUGCUCGGGCUCCCUCAGCGGCCGUCAAUAAUUCCUACGGAAAUAAAGGCGGGAAAGGAACUGGAACAUCGUACAACUCUUACGGAGCAGGCACGUCUUCUUCCAAGAAAGGUGGAAAAUCUGCCCGAAGGAACGAAGGAAGUGCCAACUCUCCUACUUAUGCGUCGAAUUAUCAUAGUCCUGUGUCGUCGUAUCAGUAUGGCCAACAGUCGUGGGGGAUGAAAAGUGGCAAGGGCGGAAAGGACAAAGGCAAGGGCGGGUUCUACCAGUGACAACAAAAUGGAACUUUAAACCUUGCUUCUGCUUUUUUUGACCUUUCGUUCUUUUCCUUUCUCACAUGACGUAGCGCAGGAACUUUUUUAGAUCUAACCCUAGUUACUACACAUCACUUUUUUUUUUGCAUUCACAUUCACUUUCCAUUGUUCACUACUAGACUGUGUAGCGUUUUGUUAUCUAUAUCUAUCCUCAUCAUAUAACUUAGAAAUAGAAGCUGAAGCAACGACCUGAUCUUUUCUUCUGUUUCCCCACAGAAGACAGUCACAUUCAUGUCAUGAUUUUGUUCAGCCCGCUAGCACUAGACCCCUCUACAGCUUACUAGUUGAACAAUUUUUACCUUGAGAUCGCUCGCAGCGACCACGACACCAGUAGUACAUUUUGAGCAGCAGCUUUUCUGCGAACAUAAAAAUUUCGCAUGCUAUUGCACAACUUGUGCCGAUGAUCCUUCAAGCGCAGCGAGCACGUACUAGGAAAUAAGUAGAAGGGGUCAUGAGACAGUUUCAUCUUUGAAGUAGACACAAUGCAUUGUGCUGCUGAUCAACAUGGCGCGACCUUCCCCCCGUUUAUCACUUGAAAUUCUUCCAU